GCGCUGGGGCAGCCUAAAUAACUGCGGCCGGUGAGGCGCUGAGCGGCCGAGUGUGAGCCAAUCAGCUAUGAAGAGGGGCGGGACUUCCUGCGCGUUUUGGAGCCGUUCGAUCGGCUUGCUCUCCGUGGUCCCGGCUCCGUGGUAGCAGCGGCGGCGGCGGCGGCGGCGUCUCUGUGCGGAGGCGCGCGAGGCCAUGACGUCAGCGUCCACAAAGGUUGGAGAGAUCUUCUCCGCCGCGGGUGCCGCCUUUACGAAGCUCGGGGAGCUGACGAUGCAGCUGCAUCCGGUGGCCGACUCUUCCCCCGCGGGUGCCAAGUGGACGGAGACCGAGAUAGAGAUGCUGAGGGCUGCUGUGAAGCGAUUUGGGGACGAUCUUAAUCACAUCAGCUGUGUCAUCAAGGAACGGACAGUGGCUCAGAUAAAGGCCACCGUGAAGCGCAAGGUAUAUGAAGACUCUGGUAUCCCUCUUCCAGCUGAGUCACCCAAGAAGGGUCCCAAGAAGGUGGCAUCUGGUGUCUUGUCGCCUCCUCCUACUGCCCCUCCACCAAGCAGCUCCAGUGUCCCUGAUGCCGGUCCCCCCAUAAAGAAACAGAAAGCUGAUGUGACACUGAGUGCUCUGAACGACUCCGACGCCAACAGUGACCUGGUGGAUAUUGAAGGGCUAGGAGAAACUCCUCCAGCCAAGAAACUCAACUUCGACCAGGACAGCCUGACCCUGGAUUCUGGCCUUCUCAUGACCUCUGCUGAUCUUCCUCUACUCUCUCACUGAGCCUUCCACCUCUGACCCCACUUGCUGUUUACCCUGGACCUGUGGAUCGCCUGGGACUCUGAGCAAAGCCUGCGUGAGAGAGGGUUGAAAGGCUGCUGGGGCUGCCCACCUUGCUGUUUCUGUAUAAGCAUCUGCCUUCAACCCCUUUGAUCUCCAUCUGAUGGACAUUUUUAUACAGAAAACAAUAAAGAUUUCCCUCUCA